CUCAAUUGAGCCAACGCGUUGGGGAUUAUACUAAGCGCUUUUGACCGAAGGAAGGAAAACCUCUGAGUGCAUCUGAAACCAUCAAGAUGAAGUCUUUUCUUCUGUGAACUGGUUCGGCUCCAAUCCCCUACUAUCCCUCCUUCGUGCCCAGUUCACCUAUAAUCUCUCUCUGUGCUCCCGACCCUGUUUCAGGUGUUUUCUCCGGCAACAAAAACAGCUCUGCUUCGAUAUCGAGGAUUUCGUUGCAUUGCGAAGCUAGUCACCAUACGGAUUCUACUUCGGCGAGGAGCAUGAGGAAGGUGUCAUCAGAGCCCGACACGAUCCUGUCGGAAACUGCGGGUUCCGGUGGCAACGUGAAUCAGAGUGAGGUUGGUGCGUAUUACAAGGAGAUGUUGAAGUUGGACCCCAGUAAUUCUCUUGUUCUCGCAAACUACAGCAGGUUUUUGCACCAGGUGGAGGGAGACAUGGUGAAAGCAGAGGAGUAUUAUGGAAAAGCAAUACUGGAGAGUCCUGAGGAUGGAGAGGUGUUGUCACUCUAUGGAACUCUAAUAUGGGAGACUCACCGAGACCAAUACAGAGCCCACUCCUAUUUCGAUCAAGCCCUUCAUGCCUCUCUCCACGAUUGUACGGUGUUGGGAUCUUAUGCCCACUUCAUGUGGGAGGCAGAGGAGGAAGAUGGUGGCGACAGCAAAAUCGAGAGAGAAAACUAAUCUGGUGAGGGUGGCAGCAGUGGCCGUGGUUGAGGCAUUCUAAAGAGAGAGGAGAUAUUGUCAAUAGUUUGCGGUCUCUUGAUCGCGUGCGCAGUGAUCCUUUUGAGUCCUGAACCUGAAGAAAGCAUAUCAAAUGAGAUUAUCAAUGGAAGUAAGCUCUAGUUAGCUGUUAUUAAUGUCGCUCCUAACAUGAUUAUGUGUAAAUUGUUACUGGAUUAAUGUAACUUGGAUCGAUCGUCCUGGAAACUGCAGGGGAGGACUCGGGUUUCUCUUGUGAUCGGCCCAAUUAAAGCUAGUUUGAGAUUUACUCGAAUAAUUGAAUUCAAUCACGGGAUACAAGAGAAGUGAAC